AUGAAGAAAAUUAAACGUGAUUCAAAUAAUAAUAAAACAAAUCUCGAUUCUCAAUUAACUAAUGGAAAAAAUACAACAAUUACCAAAACAGAUUUGAAUGCCAUGUCAUCACAAUCGUUUGGAAACUUGGUUUUAAAUCACAAUACAUAUCGAGCAACAAAUGAACCAUCAAAUCACAAAAGCAGUACAAAUAAUCAUAAUAGCACACAAGUCUAUCAACCACCAAAUUUAGGCCUGAUACCACCUAAUCUACUAAAUAGUGUAUUUUGUAAUGAUCCUUUGAUAAUACAAUCGACAGCCGUUGCCGCGUGUCUAGCAAAUAAAAUAACUUCCAGUCUAUCCCAGCAACAAUUUCCAUUACUACCAGUCAGUUUUGAUCCCAAUACAAAUCCACUAGUUUAUUUACAAUUGUUAAAUGCUAAUGCUAUGUUUAUGCAGCAAUUAGCAACUUUUAAUCCACUGCUAAUGACUCCUGAAAUAAAGAAUUCAUUAUUAUCAGCCGUUACAAACUGCCAAUCUAAUGAUAUCGCCCAACAAUUACAAAAUCAAUUAAAUAACGGUCAUCCUAAUAUCUAUCCGAGAUCGCGAAAUACACCAUCACUAUAUCAAAACGGUACAACCGGAGCUAAUGUUAGUACAGUAGUAUCACCAAUUAACAAUAAGUUACAGUCACUAUCAGUACCACUAAACUCAUCGGUAAUAACAACUGUAAGCAAUGAUGCUACAACAGAUAUGAGUGAGAAUCAAUUGCCACUUCCACAGGGUAAACGAAACUUGACAUCAAGCACCACUCGACUUACAAUUCCACCCAAAAAAUCGCUAACAUUACAAGCUGAUUCUAACGUAUUUGCACCAAAAACUGGUCCAAUGACUCAGGAACAAAUUGCUGAACAUGCACGACUUGUCUAUGAACGUGCACUACAACGAAAUCAACUGAGGCAACAAAGUGAUUUAAUGAAACAUGUAUAUGAUACAUUAAAUAAUAAAAAAUCAAAUAUAGCUCAACCAAUAAUAAAAUCAGUCACAAAUUUAUCCAAAUCAAAUUUAGGGACUACAUCCGGUAAUCAUGAGAUUAUUAAAGCAACAAUUUUGUUGGAAAAAAAUUCCAACGAUCUUUUUGUUCCCGGUGUUCCUAACAGCAAUGGUGGCGAACCCGGUAACACUUUGGAUUCAUUGAUAAAAACGACAGAAGAAGAAAUAGAAUCUAGUAGUAAUCAAUGCAUAAGUCGUUAUGAUAACACUACUCUAUUAUUACCAUCAACAUUAUCAGAUAAUACCGGUCGAAUGAUGAAAAGUGAAGAUGAAAGAACAAUAUCAACAACUAUCAUUCCGCACCAAUCAAUUUUAGAUCCAGCUGCACCUGUCUUUUUUCCCCGUCGAAUUGUGAAAUGUAGUAUUGGUGAUGGUGUUGAUAAUGAAACAUCAAGUUCAUCAUCAGAUUCUGAUUAUAAUGAUUUUAAUUAUUUAGAUCAAUUUUUAGAUGAAUUUUAUAAUUCCUUUAAUGAAUGUGAUAAUCAUUUAAUUAUAUUACGUGAUAAUGGUGGUAAUAAUGAUCGUGGUAAAAAAACAUCAACAAUAGCGAAUUCUUGUCCAAUUAAUAAAAGUCAACGAUAUAUAAACAAUAGUGUUUUGGGACAAGGUGAUGCAUCAAGAGUUGAUGUCUCAAAUUCAGUCGACAAUUCAACAACAACAACAAAAACAUGUAAAGAUAUAUUAAAUGAUAAUACAUAUAGUAACAAUGAUAGAGAAGAAGAAAAUCCGUCCGUAGUGUUGUCUACGAGUAAUCAAAACGAUUUUUGCCAAUAUUCAAUUCAUCAACUACUUGAUCGUUAUAGAAAUCCACGAUGUCAUAUAGUAUUACCAGAAUGGUCACGUUUAAGUUUAAUUUUAUCGUCUGUUUGUACGAUGCGCACUCAUACCUAUAAAAUAAAACGUUAUUUUGCAUAUCGUCGACGAUUACGCGAAAAUGAAGAUUUUUAUUUAACUACAACGAUAGACAAUGGUAAAGAAAAAAAUCUUAAAUAUUCAUUAUCAAAUGAUAAUAAUUUAAAUGAAAUAACUUCGUAUAUGAAUCAAGUCAUAUUGAGUUCACAAAGCUAA